ACCAUCAUUUGGGAUGUCAGUGUCAGUUUCUAGAAAAAAAAUUACUGAAGCUACCAAUAUUAUUGAAUAAAAAUUUUUGAGCGAAGCAAGUUUAUUUCUCGUUUGUGAAUUAUGGCUGGUGCUUUGGCACGCGUAAAUUUCUUUCCGAAACAUCAAAUCGGAAAUGUCGCCACUCCAUUGUUUGGCAGUCAGAUAACAAGAGCCAAUUCGACUCCAGCUGGUACACCACCACCACAAACAAAGACCGUAUUUGGCCCACUUGCCGAUCAGGAUCGAAUUUUCACCAAUCUUUAUGGUCGUCAUGAUUGGCGUUUGAAGGGUGCAUUGAAACGUGGUGAUUGGUACAAAACGAAAGAAAUUGUCACCAAAGGAGCUGAUUGGAUUAUUAAUGAGGUUAAAGUGUCUGGUUUGCGUGGUCGUGGUGGUGCUGGUUUCCCUAGCGGUAUGAAAUGGUCGUUCAUGAACAAGCCAUCAGAUGGUCGACCAAAGUAUUUAGUAAUUAACGCUGAUGAAGGUGAACCAGGAACGUGCAAAGAUCGUGAAAUCAUGCGUCACGAUCCACACAAAUUGGUUGAGGGUUGCUUGAUUGCUGGCAGUGCAAUGGGAGCCCGUGCUGCGUAUAUCUAUAUACGUGGUGAGUUCUACAAUGAAGCCUCGAAUAUGCAAGUGGCUAUCGCUGAAGCCUAUCAGGCCGGAUUGAUUGGUAAAAAUGCUUGCGGAUCUGGUUACGAUUUUGAUGUGUUCAUGCACCGUGGUGCCGGUGCCUAUAUUUGUGGAGAAGAAACGGCCCUUAUCGAGUCGUUGGAAGGAAAACAGGGAAAACCACGUCUCAAGCCGCCAUUCCCAGCUGAUGUUGGUCUGUUUGGAUGCCCGACAACUGUGACAAAUGUCGAAACCGUUGCUGUGGCACCAACAAUUUGUCGUCGUGGUGGCGCUUGGUUUGCUAGCUUUGGCCGUACACGUAAUUCGGGUACUAAACUAUUCAACAUCUCUGGGCAUGUGAAUAAGCCAUGCACUGUAGAAGAAGAAAUGUCAAUCCCAUUGAAAUUGCUGAUUGAGAAACACGCUGGUGGCGUUACCGGUGGAUGGGACAAUUUAUUGGGUGUAAUUCCGGGCGGUUCAUCUACUCCAAUUAUUCCGAGGAAAGUGUGCGAUGACGUUAUUAUGGACUUUGAUGGAUUGAUCGCUGCUCAAACCUCAUUAGGCACAGCUGCAAUCAUUGUUAUGGAUAAAUCGACUGAUGUAAUCCAGGCUAUUACUAGAUUGAUUAUGUUCUACAAACACGAGAGUUGCGGCCAAUGCACACCAUGCCGAGAGGGUAUCGGCUGGAUGAACAAAGUUAUGCAUCGUUUUGUUACGGGUAAUGCUCAACCAGCUGAAAUUGAUAUGCUGUGGGAAAUUUCAAAACAAAUCGAAGGACACACAAUCUGCGCUUUGGCCGAUGGUGCCGCAUGGCCUGUUCAAGGUUUGAUAAGACACUUUAGACCAGAAAUCGAGAGCCGAAUGAAGCAAUACGAAGAGAAACGCAUUCGUGCCAAGAACUAAAACUAUCCCCGGACUAGAUAAGAUUUUUUCGGUUUUCAUAUUGCAUAUUCAAUGUAUAUUUAAAUUUUUGAGUUGUAAUAAAAAUGUCACCACUAGGCAAUAAGCCACCAAAAA